AUGGCUUCUGAAGGUCCGGGCCUGAUUGUUAAUGGUGGACAAGCAUCCAAGUCUCCAGCUGCCUUGCUCUCUGAGCAACAUGAGAAACACAAUGUCACUGUGGAGGACACUGUGGAUGAGGAUGAUAUCCAGCACCCUCCGCCAUCUUCCAUAGCCAAGCCAUCAGCCUCGGAGUCGUCCGAGACUGCUACCCCCACGGUCUCGAAGGCAACAAAAGCUCCAGCACUCGAUGUUCAAUCGGAAGAGUUGUUCCCAGCACUAGGAAGCGGUCCCAAGUCCAAGGCUGCAGCGAAUGUUCCCACAGCUUGGGGUGCCAAACGGUCCGCUGCAACUGCUGCUCCCCAGAAUGGAGCACAAAGCGUUGCUCAGUCAUCUGCUUCCGAAUUUUCCAGUGCGCCGAAGAUCAUGACGAUGCCGGGAAAGUACGUGGAAAAAUUGCGUCUUGCUCCAUCCCAGAUGCUUCCACGCAAUCAGCUCAAGAAACCCGUCAGAGACAUCUUACGAGACAUUUCAAAACGCUCAAAGGCUACUGUUGAUAUGCGAGCAGGGCCCAAUGGCUCAAUUAUAUUUGAAGGAAAAGGCUCUGUUGACGCCGUUCAACAAGCCCUCAAGGAAGUCGCUCAACAAGUGGGAUCUAAGCAAUCUGUCCGUGUGCCGAUUCCUGCAUCCGCGAGAGCCCACAUCAUUGGUCGCGGAGGAGCGGUGGUACAAGACAUUCAGCAGCGAACUGGCGCUCGCGUCCAGGUGCCCAAGACUGAUGAACCUGCUCCCGGCGACGAAGAUGAUGACAGCGUCACUAUCGAUGUGCUCAUAGAAGGUGAUGCUGUAGCAGCUGAGAUGGCCCGUCGCGAAAUCGAGUCGAUCGUGAAAGAGCGCGCUUCAAAUAUCAACCUUCGGCUGAAAUCAAUUCCACCAGAAUUCUUCCCGUUCAUUGCUGGAGCUCACAAUGCCCAUGUCAAUGACAUUGAGGAGCGUACCAAGGCCCAGAUUCGAGUUCCCCGUUACGACACAUGGCUCAACCAGCCACCACCGCAGGAGGCCGGACCAGGUCAGAUUCGCUUCGUCGCGGACCCGGACUGUCACAUUCAUAUUUCCGGAGAGCGCAACGCUGCUCAGGAAGCGCGCGCUGAGAUUGAGCGCCGUGCUGCUGAAUUGCAACGUCAACUCACCUUACGUCAAUUGGCGAUUAAUCGCGGCCAGCAUCAAUUCAUCCUUGGAGACAGCAAUACUGCCUUUCACGACUUCCUCGCAGAAACUGGCUGUGCGAUCAUUUUGCCUCCAGCCUCCGAUGACAGUGAGUUCUUGACUAUCACUGGACCACCUGAGCAAAUUGAGGCCGGUAUCAACCGCGCAAUGGAAUUGGCAACAAGCAUGCAGAUGGCUAGUAUCGAUCUGUCCCGACAACACUCCGCCGCACACGCUAGGGCCCUUACCUCCUAUCUACAACAGCGCCAGAUUAUCAAGGAUCUCGAGCGUGCGUAUGAUGCUCGUAUCGUGCUCCCACAAUCUGUCGAAGGACCUGUCACCUGGGAGGUGUACUCUCGCGAUGGAAAGAAUACCAUCCGUGCUCGUUCCGACAUCAUGAAUCUUGUUCAGGCCCACCCACCAGCUAAGAUCCGCUCCAUAUCAGUUGAUCCAUAUUUUCAUACAUACCUGACCUCAUACGGGAGCCCACAGUUGAAGGAACAAUAUGGCGUUCAUCUUAUUGUUCCUGAGAACCCUGAGGGCAACGAGGUUAUCCUCGUCUAUGAGGGACAGCAGUCGCCAGAAGCUGAGUUUGAGAUCCCUAGACAACGACCCUCGAAUGAAGAUAUUGCAGCGUUUGAGCAAGCUCUGCAGUCUGCGCAAGAAUACCUGAUUAACACACUGGGCGACCAAUCCAACAUCGUCCAGAAGUCUGUUUCUAUACCUGCCAAAUAUUCCGACAAAGUGCGUAAGUACAUUGCCCGGGAAGAGAAGCUCGACGCAGACCACAUCCCAGUUCGAGCGCUAGUUCAGAACGCAAGCACAGCUGGCGAAAGUGAAGUUAUUCUACGUGGACGUCCUAGUGAUGUGAACGACCUUGCUUCCAAGGUCCUUGCAUUCGUCGAACAACAGAAGAAGGACGAUCUUGAACGGGACUACACUAUCAGCUUUGACUUUCCUCAGAAGUAUGCCAACUUCCUUAUUGGCAAGCGCGGCGAGAAUAUCAAUAAGCUUCGGGAGGAAUUCGAUGUUGAUAUCAAAGUGGAUAACGGCAAGGUUGAAGUCAAAGGCCCCAAGGCCAAAGCGGAUGCCGCCAAGCAGAGAAUUGUUGCUCUUGGUAGGAGAUUAGAAGAUGAAACGACUCAUAUCCUUAAAAUUCCCGCCAAGUAUCAUCGCGAUUUGAUCGGUCAAAAGGGUAGCCAGGUCAACAGGCUGCAGGACAGGUAUAACGUCCGUGUGCAAUUCCCUCGCGCUGCAGCUUCUCCUGCAAAUGACGACCAGUCUGUUGCAGACACUGCAAGUGAAGUGGGCGGCGGUCGUUUCGGACGCAACAACCAGGCCCCUGAUGAGGUACAUGUUAAGGGUCCUAGCAAGGGUGCCGACGCUGCCAGAGACGAGAUCUUGAGCUUGCUCCAAUGGGUGGUUGAUCACUCGCAUUCUGCAGUCGUCUCUGUUGCUCAAAGCCAGAUUCCUGCGUUGAUCGGACAGCGAGGCCGUGAGAUGGACAAGUUACGUGCUGAUACAGGUGCCCAGAUUGAUGUUCCAAGUGCUCAAGAUGUGCCAGAUGCAUCUGGCCGUGUUGAGAUCAAGAUAAAGGGUACUAAGAAGCAAGUAGAGGAAGCCAAGAAGGUUCUUGAGCAAAGGGCCAAAGAAUUCGACUCAAUUGUCACGAAGACUAUUGAAGUUGACAAGAAGCAUCACAAGGCCCUCAUUGGAGGUGGUGGUGCCAACAUUCGUCGCAUCAUUGUCGAGGCUGGUGGACCUGACGAUAGCACUGCCUCUCGUAUUGUCAAGUUCCCUCGUGCAGAAAGUGACGAUAAGAUUAUCAAACUCGAAGGCAACGGUGCAGUUGUCGAAAAGAUUGCAGCUGCCAUAGACGCAUUUGUCAAAGAGCGAGAGGACCAAGUCACAGUCACGUUGGAUGUACCACAAACACAACAUCGUUUGCUCAUUGGACGUGGUGGUGACAUCAGACGAAAUUUGGAAAGCAAGUUUAACAUUUCCAUAGACAUCCCAAGACAGGGAUCUGAGCGGACCGAUGUCAAGAUCAAGGGAGCAAGCACCGCUGUUGAAGAGGCCAAAGCUCACAUUGAAGAACUUCUCAAGGGACAGCAGGGCGAGACCGUCCAAGUUCCUCGACAUUUACAUCAUGUUAUUUCGGACAAUGGCUCUUUCUUCCGUCGUCUGCGAAAUGACUACCAGGUGACCGUGGACCAUGCUGGCCAGCAGCCACCAGCUAAGCCAGCAGCGGUUGAAACCCGCGAGGGCGCCACAAAUGGAACUUCCCUUCCUCUGAUUACAGACGAGGCGGUUGCCGCUGCCGACACCCAUUCGUGGAAGGUCGUUGAGAAUGCGCCAUCUGCUGGUGAAAAUAUCUCGGCCACCAUCCCAUGGGUUUUGUCCGGCUCGACAGAAAACGUGGCUAAGGCGAAGGCGGCCCUGGAGAGAGCUAUGGCAUCUGCAACCGAACAAGGCGCAACUGGAUACUUGAUCCUUCCUGACCCAAAGACAUAUCGAUUUGUUGUCGGUCAAGGCGGUAGCCAGAUCAACACUAUCCGCAAGAAAACCGGAUGCCGCAUUCAGGUGCCCAAGGGUCAAGCCAAGGGGGAAGCCAUUGAAAUCAAGGGCACCAAGGAAGGCUUAGAACAAGCCAAGGAGUUAAUCCUGGAAGCUGUCCGCAACGGUCAAAAUUCUCGAUCAUGAUAAGUAAAAUGAAACUUGGGAGGAAUAGCUACUGGCAAUUUGAGAUGAUUUUGAAAGAAAAAAAGUUUUGAUUGCCUGUCCAUCAACAUGCAAUUGAUGUCAUGUGGGAAAUUGAUUGAGUAUUACAUAUUUCUUUGUAAACUUUUGUUCUUCCAUUCUUUUCAGAUAGUGAAUCAA